CACUUAAUCAGAUCUGGCCAUGGGCAUCGUGUCAACUCAAGUAUGACCGAAGAGAAGCUCUUUUACGAUGUGAAUCAACAUCCUAAAGAACUCACUCACCCUUAGCAGUUCAGUUUCAUCCCCUCCCAACCAUGUCUCCAGUUCCAGAUGGCGGAUUGUCUUUGAACGUUGCUUUGAGCAAGUCCCUGGUGCUCACAAAGAGCGAGAAUUCUAGUGCUGAUGCUGAACUUACUGCUCAUGUCGAAAAGCCCCCACUUCUACCUUCGUUCCCCGAAGGUGGGCUGCAAGCAUGGCUAACAGUACUUGGUGGGUCCAUGAUCCUUUUUUGCACUUUCGGCACAGUGCAGUCAUUUGGCGUAUACCAGGCAUACUACUCUUCGCACUACCUUUCACAAUAUGCCGCGAGUGAUAUUAGCUGGAUUGGCUCCCUGCAGACCUUCUUACUAUUUGCCGGAGGUUUACCCGCCGGAAAGCUGUUUGAUGAAGGGUACUUCCACCACUGCAUAGGAGCGGGGUCGCUCAUUUACCUGUUCUCCAUAUUCAUGCUAUCGCUCGCUAAACCACAUCAAUACUAUCAAAUAUUUUUGGCGCAAGGUAUCGGAAUGGGCAUCGGAAUGGGUCUUCUUUUCCUUCCCGCAAUAUCUGUCACAUCUCAUUACUUCCGCCGGCGACGUGCUGCCGCGAUGGGUGUAGUCUUGGCUGGCUCGUCGCUCGGUGCCGUUAUCUACUCCAUCAUGCUUAAUAAUUUGUUCAACGGCAGUGCUGGGUUUGGGUGGGGUGUGAGGGCAGCUGCUUUCAUCGAUCUGGGGCUCCUUGGAGCCGCAAAUUUGCUCAUGAAAACUCGUUUACCGAGUCGGAGGGAGCGUCCGGGUGCAAAACCAGUUGAUGUCAAAGCAAUACUGUCCGACCUCGGAUACUGGUUGUGUGUCAUUGGUGCCACCUUGACAUUCUGGGGCCUGUUUGUUCCAUUCUUCUACCUCCAAGUCUUUUCAGAGAAACACGGACUUUCGAAGAACAUUGGGUUUUACGCGAUCCCAAUUAUGAACGCUUCUUCACUAUUCGGAAGGACGAUUCCGAACUUUUUGGGCGACGUCAUUGGGCCAUUUAACGUGAUGAUCCCAUGCACUGUCAUAUCCGGAGGGCUACUGUUUCUCAUGUUCGCAGCCACAAACCUUGGUGGUACCAUUGCCUUUGGUAUCUUGUACGGUUUCUUCUCUGGUGGUUUCAUAUCCCUCAUCACUCCCGCUGCUGCAUCAUUUUCGAGAGACCUCAAUGAAAUUGGCACUCGCAUAGGCAUAACUUCCUUCGUCAUUGCCUUUGCACUCCUCACAGGUAAUCCCAUCGCCGGUGCACUGGUGCAAGUCAACGGCUCUUACAUCUGGUACCGACCACUUGUAUUUGCUUCUGUCGUUGUACUGGCAGGUGCCGCCUGUCUAACUGCUGCUCGAUCCAUUCUGUCCGAGCGCAAGAACACCAACAGAUUAUGAUAACGAUUCACACGCGAGCUCCCACGACACACGUCCGGCGAUUCAUUGUACAACAUUCGAGAACGAUUUUGACGACCAGACCACCUGACCUGUACCAUACGCGCCGCCAAGACCGGGGUGGCAAUGACUUUAACGAGCCUUCUCAAGUUCUUGUCUAUAAUUUCCACGGCCGUAAUCAUAUCCGUUAAGAAGUAGAUAGAAGGGUGAUACUACAGGGUUAGCAAAUUUCAUUGUCCCGUUAUCACAUCUUGUCCUUCUCAUCUUCAUGUAUAUCGAGCCUUUUAAUUCCAUGCCCCGUCAGCGUAGUCUCCAAUAUGCUCACUCAGAGAACGUUAUACCUGAUCGCGAUUACGUUCGAAGCGAAAUACA